GCGAGACUAUGUAUAGUCUUGCAAGGAGGGUGAUUCAAACGGGAGUCGGUGCGGCCGAGCGCCAUUUUCUGGUUUGGAGUCUGAAACAGACGAUGAUACAGAACUACCUGACCUUCACUUACGCCGUUUCUCCAACAGUUUAACAGGUGAAACGGACCACCUACCCGCGCAGAUCCUGGUGGUACCGAUCUCCUGGUAUCACAGAAGAUUUAUCAUCAAAUGGUGGAAUUUCAGGAUCCGUGCGGAAGAUAUUUAUAUGCUGGUGUGAAGCCUAAACGGAAUUCUAAUACCACAGUUGUCCUCCACAACUUGACUUGGAGUGCCAGAUCAUGGGCUUGAGUGCACGGGAUAUUGCAUUUAUCAUUGCCCUUUGUGGUGUCACAACUCUGAAUGUUUUCCUCGUCGGCGCUGUCACAGUUGCACUUCCCACUAUUGGAAGAGACCUUAAUUUCCAAGAGGGUAACCUUUACUGGCCGGUUAAUGUGAAUUCUUUGUCAUUUGGCGGCUUGCUUUUAUUCUGCGGAAGACUGGGGGACAUAUUUGGAGGCCGCUUCAUGUUCCUGGUUGGGUCUCUAUGGUUCGCGAUUUGGAGUCUUGCAACGGCCUUCGUUCCAAGUUCAGAUGUUUUCAUCGUAGAUAUGGCGCUCUUGGGAAUAGGAUCGGCUGCCAACACUCCCGCUGCGAUUGGAUUAUGUUCGUCAUAUUUUCCACCAGGAGAAAACAGGAACAAGGCCUUCAGCGCACUGGGUGUUGGAUCGCCUGUGGGUUUUAUUCUGGGCAUUAUUGCUAGCGGUCUUUUGACUGAAAGUCGCGCCACAUGGCGUUCAUUGUUCUGUAUUCAAGCCGGUCUUGCUGUUUUCUUCGUUUGUCUUGCUCUCGUGGUAUUUCCAAAAGAUCACUCAAAUCGGCGUUAUAACAAAGGUUUAGACUGGGGUGGCGCUGUGCUAAGCACAACUGGCCUUGGCCUUCUAACAUUCAGCCUCUCCGACUCCACAAGUGCUCAAAAGGGUUGGUUGGCUCCCCAGGUACUUAGCCUAUUCCUCGUGUCCAUCGUUUUGCUGGUCGCAUUCGUCUUCUUCGAGCACUGGAGGGAAUCAAGAAACAUGUCCGUUCUCGUACCUCUGAGCAUCUGGAAGCAGCCUAGAGCAAAGUUGGGUCCCCUCGUUGGCGUGGUAUUUUUUGGUUGGUUUAGUUUCGAUACUCUAAAUUAUUUCUUCACACUAUACUUCCAACAGGUACAACUGCUGGAUCCAUUGCAAACCUCUCUUCGGUUCAUACCCAUGGCUAUCGCUGGAGCGCUUCCUAGCAUCGUAGCAGGAUAUUGUGUUGCCCGCGUGCCUGCACAGAUCUUAAUGUUGAUCAGUUUGCUCGUCAGCUUAGCGUCAAGCGCAAUCUUCGCUUUGAUAAACCCGGAUCUCGACUACUGGUACAUGGCAUUUUUUAUGAUGAUCACCAUUGCUGGGGUGGUUAUCGUGUAUCCAUUAGGGAACCAACAAAUUGUUGUAUCGCUCGAUGAAGAUUCGCAAUCCCUUGCAGGUGGCAUUUUCAGCGUUACCACAAGACUUGCUACAGCACUCGGACUUGCAGUGACGUCUGAGAUCGCGGAUUCCGUGUCCAAAACAUACAACAACGAGCAUCCAGACCUCGAUGCCCAGUCGCCAGAAGUCUUGAUGGUCGGUUUCCGAGCAGCUGGGUGGACUUGUUUCGCAUCGACACUUUUGGGCAUCGUCAUCGUCAUCUUUGGGUUGAAAGACCUCGGUAUUAUUGGUAAAAAACACACACACACGCGAGGACGCGGAACGAUCAGACAAUCCCGACUCGGAGUUGGCCCAGAGUGACCCGGAGUCGCUCAAGUAAAAAGGAGCAUCAUUGUUUAGCAAAAGGCUGACGAAUUGUUGUGGAAUCUCCUUUGUUUUGUACAGUAUCCAAUGGACGGCGAUUUGCGUUUGGACAGAGUAUCAGUUAUGUACCACACUAGACUAGAAGGCCCUCAUAUAUCUAUAUAAGUAUGCUUGCUG